AUGGGCCUUCACGAGAGCACAGCUUCCAUUCCUGAGCAUAGUCUCUUGGAUGACCUCAUCAAGGCCAAAAAGAGAUGUUUGAUCACCGAGCACGAGUACAUCCCCCCAGAUGCGAUACGUGUCUACAUCACGCCUGAAAGGGUUAAGAAGGAGCUGCCAAACACCUGGGGUCGAUGGCUGCUGCCGUGCUGGGAUUGGAACCUUGAGGACACAGUCCAGCAAGCGAGCAAGGUCAUCGCAAUCCUGGUUCUUCUUGACAGGCUGGAUUGUAUUGACACGCUGCUGGCCGACGGGCUAUGUGACAACGAUCUUCCUUUAUCAAAGAAAGGUGAUGUCAUUUACUCCGCAUGCAACGACAAAGGGCCAAUUUGGGCAUUCAAGAGAUGUCAGGGAAUCAACUUUCCAAAUAGGUUUCUACGGAAUCAGUGGAUGGUCUGGGUGCCGCAGGUGGGCGUCAACCCCGAUCAGACUAUUAAGCUCCCCAUUUCUGGGCCACAUGGCCUGCCCUUUGACUGCACCGAGGCGGAUGCGACGAAGUACAGCAUCGUUUACAAGGCAGAACUCUGGCCGUCACAUCAGGUGGAACACAAUGACGACAGGGAGGUCAAGUCCCCUGCAAUGAAGGUACGCCCUGCCUGCUUUGCCAUCAAACAAUUCAAGGAUGGGAAGACAGGACAGAAGAAACCGUUUGAGGACGAACUGCGCAACCUGAUUAAGUUCACGAACUCCAACAAUGAUCACCUGAUCAAAGUAUCGGCUACGGUUGAGAAAGCGUACUGCAUAUUCUUCCCAUGGGCUCAGGGCGGAAACCUCCACGACUUUUGGGAGAAACAUGGUCCAUUAAACCUGCCACGGUCAACGGAUGUUUUCUUGUGGGCGCUGGAACAGCUGACAGGUCUGUCGCACGCAUUAGAAGCAAUUCACACUCAGAACUGUCGACAUGGAGAUCUAAAGCCGUCCAAUAUCCUCCAUUUUAUGGAGGGGCCUUCCCUCGGUACCUUGAAGAUCGCCGAUUUCGGCGUCUCCAGGAUUCACAAGAAUGCAACCGGCUUGAGGCACGAAGCAACUGAUACCAAGGCUUCGACCAAAAUUUACGAAGCUCCGGAGGCGAUCGAGCGUAUUCGCAGCCUAGCACCUCGGUCGCGGAAAUAUGACUGCUGGUCAAUGGGCUGCGUCAUGCUGGAAUGCGUCAUAUGGCUUCUCUACGACUUCAAAGCCGUGGCUAGCUGCCAGAUAGCACGAGGGGGUUACCAAACCUACUACCAAGAGCUUGACGACGCCAAUCGAACCAGGAAUGACAUCGAAGAUCGCGUUCAGGUCCAUCCCGUGGUGUUGCAUACAAUUCAGGCUCUAUCACACCACCCCAGAUUCCCUCAUUCCCCUCUACAGACUAUCAUCAGAAUUGUGGAACGCAAGUUGCUUAAGGUCAAGCCUGAGGAGCGCGUGUCGGCGGAAUUAUUGCACGGGAAGCUAGUGGCCAUAUCUGCAGACGCCCGGCGAGAUUCGUCUUCUUUCGAACGACCAGUACCUCCAACAUUGGAUGUACCUGAUAUAUUCUGCUACGAAGCAUCUUCGGAACAGAGGCCCAAGCCGACGUAUGAAGUUACACGGGGGAGUAGCGGAUGA